AUGCCCACCACUGACAUCAGCAAGCCUUCCUCGUCUCCCACUUCUGAGCUGCGAAGCCCCGAGGACAACCUUACUCUCUGGCAGUUCCUUUCCGUCUCUUGGAUGUCCCCCUUGAUCGCUCUCGGUGCAAAGAGACAGCUGCACGACGAAGAUGUGUGGUUCCUGCCUUAUGAUUUCCAGCAUAACCGACUACACAUUCUGUUCAGAGAGCUCAAGGGCAGUGUCGUCAAACGGCUACUGCUUGCCAAUGGCUUGGAUCUGAUCAUCACCACUACGCUUGCCAUCUUGGAAUCUGGAGCAAACCUCGUCGCCCCCGUACUCCUUCAACAACUUCUGCGCGCCAUUGAACGCGGAGGCUCUGGACGGAAAGAAGCCGUCAUUUUUGCCACUUCGAUCCUUGCUGUUCGCAUGGUUGCAGCCCAGUCUGCAGUCGUGUCCUUGUGGUUUUGCAGGCGAUGCUACGAGAGGUCCAGAGGCGAGAUGAUCACCAUGAUUUACGAGAAAACCUUGACUCGCAAAUCUUUUGGUGCGCCCGAAGAAGAAAAGAAGAAACAGGACGACAGUGAUGAAAGCGAAAUCGACCAGUCCUCGGCCGAAUCGCCGAAAGGAAAGACCUUUUUCGCCCGUCUCUGGUCUCGUCUGAGCCGCGUUUUUCGUCGUACUCGGCAAGAUGGCAAGGCCCACAAAGAAGCAGCAAAGCAACCCGCCUCCAUGGGUAAAAUUCUCAAUCUGAUGAGGAACGAUGUGUAUGAAGUAGCUCAGAGAUUUUGGGAAUUUCCAGACAUUUUCACAAAGCCAUUGCGGAUGGUCAUUUCUGUCAUUCUUAUCUGGAAGCUCCUAGGGUGGCCCUGCCUGUUCGGCGUCACCGUCGUCAUCGCCGCUCAGCUCAUCAACGCUGGAUACGUUCGACUACUACUACGAUGGGAGCGCGUGCGGCGUGUCGCCACAGACCAGAGACUGCAUGCAACUUCACAGUUCAUCGAGGCCAUCCGCCAUCUCCGGUGGUACGAUUGGCAGGAUCAAUGGCUGGACAAGAUCAUGGAUGCCAGGCAGCGCGAGCUGAACCUCAGAGUCAUCACGACCACAUUACAGAUGCUUAUCGGCUCAAACAAUAUCAUGGCUGGCUGCCUGUUUCCGGUCUGUGCCUUCUUUGCAUAUACUCUUCUCGCCGGAAGGCCACUCUCCGUGGACAUUGCUUUCCCUGCACUGCAACUCUUCAAUAUGUUGGCUGUUAGCCUUCGUGAGAUUCCGGGCCUUAUCACUACACUUCUCAAUGCCUCUGUUGCCGUCGGUCGUAUCAACGACUUUAUGGCUGAGCCUGACAAGGAGGAUGAGUAUUCCGAGUUGCGUGGAACUGAUAUUGCCUUCCACGAUGCCUCAUUCGCCUGGCCGGGCUCCACGAAUACCGUCCUAGACAAUUUGAAUCUUCAGUUCACCACUGGUCUGACGGUCAUCGUCGGAAAAGUCGGAACAGGUAAGACGGCCCUCCUCCAGGCAGUCCUUGGAGAGCUUGAUAAGCGAAAUGGUGAGGUUGUUGUGCCGGAUGAGAUGAUCGGCUACUGCGCCCAGACCCCUUGGCUGCAGCAUAUGAGCAUUAGAGAGAACAUUCUUUUCUCAUCGCCGCUUGACGAGACCCGGUAUAAGCAGGUCCUGGAAGCUUGUGCUCUGACUCCUGAUAUGGCAAAUUUCAAGCACGGUGAUCUCUCAGACCUGGGCGAGAACGGCGUCGGCCUUUCAGGCGGCCAAAGAGCCAGAGUGGCCCUCGCGAGAGCAAUCUACAGCCCAGCGAGGACGCUUCUGCUUGAUGACCCCCUGGCAGCUCUGGACCACAAUACCGCCGAGACUAUUGUCAACAGACUUUUGCGCGGCCCGCUUGUCGAAGGACGUACCAUCCUACUCGUAACCCACAGGGUUGACCUGGUUUGCCAUAUAGCAGACCAGAUUGUAGAGAUACAAGAUAACAAGGCUCAGAUAAUAGAUGCCGAAGCGCUGACUGAAGAGCUACACGGACCGGACGGCGUCCAAGCAGGAGCCAUUGCCCCUCUCGAGGACGAUCCUACUGAAGAGGAAGAUAAGCAAGCCGACUCGGAGCCAGACAAAUUCAUCGAAGAGGAAGGUAGGAAGCAUGGUGAAGUUAUGGCAUCCGUCUACUGGGAAUACAUCAAGGCAGGCAAGAUCAGAUGGUGGAUUACCCUCAUCGUAAUCUUCGCCUUGUUCCGACUUGCCAGAUUAUUCAACUACUGGUUCCUCAAGGCUUGGGGAGAGGCGUAUGAAGAGGCUGGCGAACAGGCAAUCUCGUUUGGCCUUUCAAGUUUCUUCGAUAAGCUCCCACCCCCUGAAACCAAUGUCCGGCCCUGGCUGCUAUGGUUCUUCAUUAUCGCCAUGCUUCUGACGGCCAUGUACUUCCUUUCCGAUGUGGCUCUUCUUAUCAUCGUAUACACGGCAGGCAAACGCUUGUACAAAGAAGUCAUGUGGAAGGUCAGCCGUGCCAACUUCCGCUUCUACGACGUCACUCCGGUUGGACGGUUGAUGAAUCGUGUCACGUCAGACAUUGGGACGUUGGAUGGUGGGAUAAGUGACCAGCUUCAGAGUGUGGCAUGGUACUUGAUCGGCUGGAUCGCAGCCAUUGUCGUGAUUGCUUCCGUCACGCCCCUAUUCCUCAUCGUCUCGCUGAUCCUGACCGCGUGGUUUGUCUACAUUUUCAUGCGCUUCUUGCCAACAUCGCAAAGCCUUCGUCGGCUUGAGAUGGUCUCGUUGAGUCCGCUCAUGUCCAACUUCGGUAUACUUCUCAAUGGACUGACCACCAUCCGAGCGUUCCGCGCCCAACCUCGCUUCCAAGACCGCGUCAUCGCCGUCACCGACGCCUUCCAGAAGAUGGACCACUUCUACUGGAGCCUCCAAGCAUGGCUAACCUACCGCUUCGACGCCCUCUCGGCCUUCUCCUCCUACGGCCUCACCCUCCUCGCCCUCUACGAAGACCUCACUCCCGGCCUAACCGCCUUCAUGCUGACAUCCGCCUCCAACUUCGUCCUCUUCACGCACUCGCUCUGCAAGCAAUACGGAAAACUCCAAAUGGACUUCGUCUCGGUCGAGCGCGUCGUCGAGCUCCUCCACCUGGACGAAGAGCCCGUCGGCACCGUCAUACCCCCGGCCGCCUGGCCCUCCACCGACGCCGACAUCGUCCUCGACAACGUCACGGUGCGCUACGCGCCGCACCUCGAGCCGUCGCUGGAAAACGUGUCGCUGCGCAUCCCGGCCCGCGCUACCUGCGCCAUCGUCGGCCGGACGGGGUCGGGCAAGAGCACGCUCGCGCUCGCGCUGCUGCGCACCGUGCGGCCUGAAGCGGAAGCAGAAGGUGGCGGAGGAGGCAGCAUCACGGUCGGCGGCGUCGACCUCGCCGACGUCGACGUCCACGCCUGGCGCCAGCGCAUCACGUUCGUCGCGCAGGACCCGGUCUUGUUUCCGGGGACGAUGCGCGACAACCUCGACCCGGUGCGCGCGCACGGCGACGACGAGUGCGCGGCGGUGCUGGCGCGGGUGUUGAAUGAGCAUGGUAGUAAUAGCAGCAGCAGUGGUGGUGGUGACGACAACAACGCGGAUAACAGUAACAGCAACAACAACAACAACCAACAGUGGACGCUCGACUCGCGCGUCGAGGCGGGCGGCAAGAACCUGUCGCAGGGCCAGCGGCAGCUGGUCGGGCUGGGCCGCGCCAUCCUGCGCCGCAGCCCCAUCAUCAUCCUCGACGAGGCCACGGCCAGCAUCGACAAGGAGACGUCCACCGCCAUCCAGGAGGUCCUGCGCGAGGAGCUGCGCGACAGCACCGUCAUCACCAUCGCCCAUCGCGUCGAGGCCGUCAAGGGCGCCGAUUUUGCUGUCGUCUUGGACAAGGGGAGGGUUGUGAGGGCUGGGAAGCCGGAGGAUGUGGUUGUGGGGUAG